UGGAGGAACUACACGUUGGUCAUCUAGGAUGCACUAAGAUGAAAAGUCUGGCUCGUGCAUAUGUAUGGUGGCCAGGUAUUGAUGGCCAGAUUGAGGAAUUGGCCAAAAAUUGUUCUGGCUGUCGGCUUGAGCAGAAGACACCUCCAUUGGCCCCUAUCCAUCCAUGGGAAUGGCCGUCUGGUCCAUGGAAACGGGUUCAUAUUGAUUAUGCAGGACCCUUUCAAGAGUAUGUUCCUGGUGGUAGUAGAUGCGCAUUCGAAAUGGCCAGAGGUUAUAAAGAUGUCCUCGACUACGUCUCAGAAGACGAUUGCGACGUUACGAACAAUUUUUGCAAGGUAUGGUUUGCCUGAACAAAUAUGUUCGGAUAACGGGCCUCAAUUUGUAUCUGAAGACUUUAAGAAGUUUCUGAAGGCUAAUGGCAUUAAACACUAUACGUCGGCACCUUAUCAUCCAGCAACAAAUGGACUGGCGGAGCGUUUUGUACAGACCUUUAAGAAGGCGCUUAAAGCAAUGAAACAUGAGGAUCUGCCUAUGCAACAUAAAUUGGACAAUUUUUUGUUCAACUAUAGAAAUGCGGUUCAUGCUGUAACAGGUCAAUCACCUGCGAUGGUGUUUUUCAACAGACAGUUGGGUUCCAAAUUGGACUUAGUUCGUCCUGAUCUUAGAAGACAAGUGGAACAGAAAGUGUUCCAUUGUGCACCUCAACGUCUUACCAGGAGUUUCCAGGUUGGUGAAGCUGUACUUGCCCGCGAUUAUAGAAAGCAGAAAUGGCAGCCGGGAGUUGUUGCGGAGGUACAAGGACCUCUAAUGUAUGCAGUCAACACGGCCGAUGGCCAGAUUCGCCGGCAUGUGGAUCAAAUCGUACAGUCUACUAUUGCUCCUCAUCUGGAACCUCGGUUAAGUGCUUCGGAUCAGCCAGUAUCAAUGGGGGGCCAAUGGUCGAAUAAGGAAUUGGAACCUAUUGUGCCUAUGUCUUGUUAUCCUGUUCUAGCUGCCAAAGAAGCACCUAUGCCUUCGUUGGAUAUUUCACAAGCUAAAGUAGCAGUACAGGUUCCUGACCAGGUGGUUGCAAUACCAAAACAGGUGUUCCCUAGCUCGGAAGUGCGGUGUUCGCCUGAAGAAUCUGGAUUGACGCUCAACCAGAAUAUCAAGGCCGCCACAGAGGUUGAUUGAUGAACUUUGACAUUGAAUACGGGACUGACUAAGUGAUGUUUCCUGUGUGUGUUUGUUUUUUUUUUUUUUUUUCCCUCACGUAUUGGUGAUGGUGUUAUUAUAUUGUGCUUGCAAAAUAUAAGGUGAUAAUGUAAUUUUGUCAUCUAUUAUAUGAUCUGUUGUAGGUAUGGUGUACUUUUCCCCUUAGUUUUUGUGUAAAACUAAGGGUUUUAAAGGGGGAGGAUUGUGGUGUAUGCCCCUUUAAGAGAUAUCAUACACCUAUUGUAAUACCGGUAGCCACCAAAGGGGGCUUGCUUAGUAUAAAAGCCCUGGUGGUAGUGUGAGCACUCUCUCUUCCUUUCCCCCUCUGAAACCAUGAUUAAAGGCACGUUGGUUUUACCUGAUGGUUUCUCGAUGGUUAUUUAAGUAUCUGACUCCAGUACUUAACAUAUAGAAGUUGGGAUGUAAUGUUAAAAUUGUACAAGGCAUUGGUGAAGCCAAUUCUGGAGUAUGGUGUACAAUUUUGGUCGCCUAAUUAUAGGAAGGAUGUCAACAAAAUAGAGAGAGUACAGAGGAG